AUGGACACCGACAAGAGCUCCCCCAGCUUGGAGGAUAUUGGCCGAGCUCACCGCAGCCUUCAGGAGGCUGAGAUGAUGGCGGCCCGGAAGGCCAAGGCCCUGCCAGGCGACCCAAGCAAUGACCUGGGGAGGCUGGAGACCGACCAGGGCUCGCAGGAAGUGGGGCGGGCGCUGCAGCACGCCAAGGAGGGUCAUCAGGGCAGUGUGCUGUCCGCGAUGGCCACCUCACCCCCCUCCCCUCCCCCUUCCCCGGGCCAAAUGAUCGGAAAGGCCGCUCAGAAGCUGUCGUCCGUACUCGGCAACUUCUCCGAGUCCAUCAAGACCGGCUUGGACUCCGUCGCGGGGGCGGGGGGUAUUCCCCGGGGGGCAGAAGCACCCAGCGGCCCGGAAAUACACACCACCACCACCACCACCACCACCACCACCACCACCACCAACAACAACAACAGCACUGCCACCACCGGGGGCGGCCGGGGCGGUGGCGGUGGUGAUCCGGGGGUACGAGUUCUGGACAUGCUAGGCGGCUCGGAUGCGGACACGCCGUACCCAGGUGACAUGGUGGACGAGCCCGUACAACUUGAGGAGGAAACUCAGCAGGACGAGCAAACGAGCAAGGUAUACAUCACAACGAGUGCUGCGAUAGAGAACAAUAAGGAUAAGAACAGGCGCCGAUACUUUGUAUAUUAUGAGAGUGCACACACGGUCGACGGGUCGCUGUCCAGCCUGGGUCCCUCGGGCGGCCCUGCGGCGACUGGAGGGGGCGAGGGGGGUGAGGAGGCGCGGAUGGCCGAGCUGAGACAGCGAAUGGAGGGUAUGCCGGGCAGCAUGCCGAUCGACAAGGAGAUUCGGGAGCUGCGAGAGGCCGAGGCCGAGGAGCGCAUUGCCGCACUCGCCGCGCAGCGCCAGGCGGUGUCGUCAGCCGCCCGGGAGCAGCUGCAGCAGCGGCACCCGGAAGCGGCGGAACGAAUGGGCCUUAUGCAGCCCCACCAGCAGGCCAUCAAGGAGGGCCAUGAGGCGGAGCACGGAGCGGGCGGAGGAGGUGGAGGCCUGCUGUCGUCGCUGGCGCACACACUGGGGGAUGUGCUGGGUCUGGGGGGAAACCGUGGAGGUGCCGGUGGGGUUUCGGAGCACCAUUCGGAGCAGUCCCCUGCCUCGGACCGCAAACCCGCACCUAUCGGCGCCUCCCCCCUGGAGCCCGGGCUAGUGGACAACAAGACGGCCAUCGCUGCGGGUGCGGGUGCGGGUGCGGAUGUGGAGCGGGACAGCACCUCCAUCCUCUCGGGAGAGGAGAGCGGGAAGGAGAUGCCCGGGGGGCCACUGCACAACCCCCCCUUCGCCCCCGACUUCAACAAGCCCAACUUCUUCAGGGAGGUGGAGGAGCGGGGUCUGCGGGACGUCCUGGCCUCGGGGGCGGCUAGCCUGCGAGGCAGUGCGGAACUCGCCGUGGAGGAGAUUCGUCACGGCGGCGCCCCCGCCCCCGGCGGCACCACCACCACCGGUAGUGUAGCCGACACCGCAAGGAAUGUGGAGAGGGUGCAUCACUUGGACGAUCCCGUACAACGCCGUAUCUACGAGGCCGAAGUCGUACGGGUUGCGCCCGGUAAGGAGGCGGCUGCGGAUCGUCACAGUGCGGCCGAAGCGGUCAAGGAGGCGACCAGCGCCAUGGUGCUGGCACCGCCCGCCGCCGAGCAGCCACCGGAGGGGCGCUCCAUGUUCGGGUUCUUUGGUACGGGCAGUGCAGCUCCCCGUCGUGGGAGGGAGGUGAAGGAUGCGUACGACGAGUUUUGCGCCGCCACUGGCGGCAGCGGCAGCGGCAGCGGCAGCCCCGUGCGAGGCUGGCGGAUGGCGGGCCCUAUGUCCCGCACGUCCCCCCCCGUUGUGGGAACCCGCACCCGCAGCCCCCUCCCCGCGGGGAGUCGGCAUGUCGGGGUGGGAGGGGGGGAGGGGCGGCUCCGGAACCAGGGAGCGCAGGACCAGCAGGCGCUGGCGGUGGCGCGGCGCAGCGGGCUGUCGUCGUGGGCUGCUCGCGUGGGUGCGGCGUUCACCGCCAAGGCCGCCGGGGGGAAGGAAGCCGUGGAGGAGGGGGAAGGGGAAGGAGGGCAGGCCCCCCGUGCCGGCCAGCCGUACAACCGAAACCCGGACGACCCAGCCGGCUACGCGGAGUCCAAAAUCCACUCCGGGGUUCCCGCGGCGAGUCGGGCCAAGGAACCCUCGGGGAGGGAAAUCAAGGACGCGCAGUACCUGAAGGUGUAUCAGGAGCCCCACAGCAAGAUCAUGCACAUCCAGGGUGCUAACUUCAACUGGGAUCGGAACAAGGACCGGGAGGCCGGACAGGCAACCACCGCAACGGACAAUCCCACUCUGUUCGACACCGCCGGCCGGGCGAUUCACAAGGCUGUCACAGGCGAGCAUUACGAGGGGGUCCCGCCCAUGGGCCACGACACCCCGGGGGGUCGGGAGGCGCCCUUCAUCCUGCUGGGGGACAAGAUCAAGGACACGGUGGAAAAGGCCCCCGAGCUGGGAGCUGACAUUGCGGGUCGUACGGAGGAGAGUGUGGUGGGCGUGUUGGAGCACUUGAGCGAGGCGGCGGGGUCGGCUGCGGCGGCGGUGGCGCAGGUGGUGCGAAGCGGUCUGGGGGACUACAACAAGACGCUGGACGAGCAAAUGGCGGAGGCGGCCCAGCGCCAGGAGGAGCGGGAGGUGGUGUACGAGCAGGACCCCUCACCUGGGGCCCCCAGCAGUGCUGUACGGCAGCGGCGGCUUGACCAAAUGGAUCAGCCUGUGGACCCCGCGCUGAAGCGCGACACCCUCCUUGACAAGUUGCUCUACCCCUGGAGCAAGGACGCGUCCACGGACGACUCCAAUGCGCGGGAGAUGGCGCGGUCGUACAACGAGUACGUCAGGGAGAAGGAGGCCAAGGGCCAGGGCCCUCUGUUGGAGGGGACAAAGGCCGCCAUUCGCUCUAUGGCCGAAGAUACGGCAGCUCACGGCCGUACGGCAGCCAAGGGCCUCGAGGGGCUUACCGAGCGAGUGGAGGAGGAGGAGAGGCGGGGGGGAGCUCGCGGGGCCCUGAGCACACGGGGCGGUGUUCCGGAGCGGCCCGAGGCCCAGGAGGCGUACCGCGACCCGCACAGCGCCGAGGCCUGGCACGCGGCGGAGGUCGUACAGUCCAACAUCGACCGCAGCCGUCCUACCGCCAGCGCUGGCAAGCAAGAGGGCGAGGUGGGUGCAGAGGCGAGGCAGGUGCAACCCGGGCGGGUGCGGGAGCCUGCGGAAAGGGCUGUCGGAGCGGUUCGCGGCGCGGCGGAGGUGGCGGGGCAGGAAAUCGAUCGCGCCAUGGGGACCGUAAGUGGCGCGGCGGCAGUGGCGGGCGAGGAGGUGCGUCGUGUGGCGGGCGGAACGGCGGGCGCUGUACGCGGCGCAGCGGAGGUUGCGGGACAGGAGGUAAACCGCGCAGCGGGUGCUGCUGGCGGUGCGGCGGUGGUGGCUGGCGAGGAGGCUAGUCGAGCUGCAGGCGGCCUCCUGGGGACCAUUCGUCAGGGUCUACGCGACCUGGUAGGCGGCACCAAGAGCUCCGAAACCCGCCACGAGGAGCCGCAGCAACAACAGCAACAACACAUCAGGGGAUGUUCGGAUGCUCCUCGUGCCAUCGGGGAGCUCUACUACCAGGACGACCAGCAGCCAAGAUCGCAUGUGGGAGGUGAGGGGGGAGGGCAGGAGCGGCAAGAGCGCGAUCGUGAGGCAGCCGCACGAGCGGCGCGUGAGGACGUGGGGCAGCGCGUGGAGGGCGCUAUGCGUGUGGUGGGUUCCACGGCCCGUCAGACUGCUGACAGCAUGAGCGAGGCGACGGAGCGGGGCGUGGAGCGGGUGGAGGAGGCGACCGAGCAGGCGCGCGAGGGUGCAGGUGGUGUGCUGGGAGCUCUGCGCGAACUGUUCGUGGGCGAAGAUGAUGGUGAUAAGGCGACGUCGGAGGAUGGCGGCAUGCGGCAACAGCUCGGGCGGGAGGAGGUCGGGGCAAACCGCGGCGAGCAGGCGGACCGUGGUCAGCACCAGCAGGGCGGUGGCGGCGACGACAGCGGAACGCUGUUCGAGCGGACGGGCGACAACGGCGGUGACAGUCACGCUUCGGAUAUCGCGCCGGGGGUGGCGGCGGAGGAUAUGAGCGAGGGCCUGGGUCGGGUGAUGGGUGGCAUUACGGGAGUGUUGGAGAAGGUGUUGGGUGGUGGCGGUGGGGAGGGGAAAGGUGAGCGCGGCGAGGCAGCUGCUCCCGCGGGACCGGACGCGCCAGUGGUGCCGUACACCAGCACUGAGGAAAUCAUGGCGGCGCGACGCCAACAGCAGGAGCAGCAGUGA